GCAAACAAAAAGACCACCUCUCGUGGGGAGCAGGAUCUAGUAUUAGAAAACAGGAAAUCAUCUACCAAACUACCUGGCACUACAAAUAGGGCGCCUGGGUUGAGUUUUCGAACUGAUGGAAAAUCAAGCAAUAUUGCCAUGGAUCUGCAGUUUGAGGAACGUGUGGAAGCAGUUAAAAGGUCUGCACUUGAGCAGAAAAAGAUUGAUGAAAGUAAAGAAUACAGAGCAAUUGACUAUGAUGCGCCAGUUGAAUCAGACCCUAGUACAAUUGGACUUAGUACUAAGAUUGGAAUAGGAGGUGCUAUUGUAGUCUUCGGGUUGGUUUUCGCUCUUGGAGAUUUUCUGCCGACAGGAAGCGAUAGUCCCAUUGAGGAGGCCACGAUUGUCAAUAGUAAACGCUCAGAAGAAGAGAGAACAAAUCUUCAGACUAGGCUUCAACAAUAUGAGGCAACGCUUGCUGCCUCUCCAGAAGAUCCAGCUGCACUUGAAGCAACAGCAGUAACAUUAGCAGAACUAGGAGAGUAUACUCGGGCUGGCUCUUUGCUGGAGGAUUUGACCAAGAGGAAAGCAAAUGACCCUGAUGCUUUUCGUUUGCUUGGAGAAGUUAAAUAUGAACUCAGAGAUUAUGAUGGGAGUGCUGCUGCAUAUAGGAGGUCUGCAAUGGUGUCUAAAACCAUUAAUUUUGAAGUUCUACGUGGCCUUACAAAUGCAUUACUUGCUGCUAAGAAACCAGAUGAGGCUCUUCAGGUCCUUCUGGCCUCUCGCGAACGUUUGAAUAUAGAAAAAUCAAAUGAUGCUAGCAUGAAUGCUGAUAGAAGUUCAUUGGAAACAGACUCACAGGCGGUGGAUCCAAUCCAAGUUGAAUUGCUUCUUGGAAAAGUGUACUCAGAUUGGGGCCAUAUCAGUGAUGCUUUAUCUGUCUAUGAUCAACUCAUAUCUACCCACCCUGAUGAUUUUCGGGGUUACUUAGCAAAGCCUCCUACACAUACGAUUACAACUCAAAUGCUAUACAAUACACGCGAAAUCAGAUGAGGACGCAAAUUGAUU